AUGGCAGGCGGUCUGGUGAAGUACCGGCACCUGUCGCGCAAUUCGGCGCACCGCCGCGCCCUCCUCCGAAAUCUCGUCACCUCGCUGCUCGAGCACGAGAGCAUAACCACCACCUGGCCCAAAGCGAAGGAGGCGCAAAGGAUGGCGGAGAAGAUCAUCACGCACGCCAAGAAGAACACGUCUGCGAGCAAGAUUCAGGUCCAGAAAGACCUUUUCUACCCCGAGCGCCUCAUGCCCAAACUCUUCGGCCCUCUUCGGGAACGCUACCUCAAUCGACCGGGUGGUUAUACUCGUGUCCUCCGUCUCGAGCCCAUAAAAGAAGAUCAAGCCCCCUCUGCCAUCCUCGAACUCGUCGACGGCCCGAAAGACAUGCGCUUCGCUCUUACUGCGAAAACGAUUGCGAGAGUGCGAGACAAUGGCCACGAUAUCAACGACAUGACGGCUGCCAACAUCCGCAAAGUCACGCAGUUUCGACCGAAUGCUGAGCAGGAUUUGGACGACAUGGUGGCCAAGUUUCAGAAUUUGGCGGCGGAGGGUGAUGCGGGGGUGCAAGAGGUGGUGAAGAAGCGCGUCUACCCAGAUUUGCCGAGGAGUCGGUGA